AAAAGUGUGCCAAGAGUGCCUUCUUACACAACACUCUCCAGUUACACAUGCCGAGCAACCUAAGAUAGAGAGAGAGGGCCCGUCAGAGAAGCCAGCCGGGGGGAAAUACUCGGCUCAAGGCCCCGAGUGUCAGCGGCGUCAUUGGUCAACCAGCAGGGCCAGGAAUAGAGCCGAGGAUGAGUGGAAUAGUUUCCAUAGCCCUGUUGGAAACCUGGCGUUGCCACCGGGAUCCGCGUGGGCUUCCUGGCCCAAUCAGCACUGAUUUAACGUGGCGUUGUUGCGGUGACGUUAAAAAAUCGUGGUGUAGGUUGAGUUUAUUAAUAGACGAAGGGCUUUUGUGAACUGAUAAAACGGCAAAGGCUCCACGUUGUGACCUCAGUGCGACGUUCAGCGAGGAUUUAGAGGCGGUGUGACGACGACUCCCCGCAAACCGUGACGGAGGCACGGUUUCGAAAGAAACCGUGUGUCAUUAGCAGCACAAAAUGGAAGUGAUGUGCGUCUUGAGGGUGCAGGAGAGCGGAGAGGAGGGUGGAGUUUACGAAGCGAGAGCCAGGCUGAGCUAAUAUAAAUAGGAUGUUGUGCAGGCAAAGGGAGGACUGACACCGCAGACGGCCACCGCAGGGAGUUUAACCUGUUGAAUAGGACACUCCCGAGCUGUCGCUGAGGGCCGCACUCUACUUCCGUCCUACAACACCAGAUUACAAGAAUGGAGAUGAGCGGCACAACGGUGCUUCCAAUGAUCGGCUUUGGGUCGAUGGCCCAGUCCGCCGGCCUUGUGGAGAUCGCUGUGAGGCUGUGCUUGAACCAACGCAGAGAACUGUGCCCCCACGUUUGGGUGCCCAUCCUGAAGCCCCAGCGACCGUGCAUCCGGCCGUCCGCCUCAAAGCUGUCGCCGCCUGCCAUGCUAAGCCAGCCGUUUCUGACCCCGCCGGCGUCCCUUUGGCUGGACGAUAUGGAUGAUGAGGUGGAGCUGGUCCCCGUCAAGAACAAGCGGGUGGUUUUCGCUGACUCGAAAGGACUGUCCCUGGCGAUGGUGCGAGUCUUCUCUGAAGCGGAAGAGCCUUUUGACCUGGACCCUCUUCCGUCGCUGCAGGAGUUGGGAAGCAUGACAGAGGAUGGAUAUAGCUGCACCGUCAGCACAUGCUGCCCGGGAACUUUGCUUAUGGUGGGCUUCCCCCAGCCGUCCGCAGAUUUCCAGGCUUUCCGUGCCAGGCUGGCAGAGAGCAUGGUUGUCCUGGAGAGCUGCAGUGUCACAGAACAGGCCCUACGGGGCAUCGUGCGGGUCAGGAACAUCAGCUUCCAGAAGGAUGUGCACGUACGCGUCACCUUCAACUCCUGGCAGAGCUACAGGGAUGUGCCCUGUACUUACUUGCAGGAACGCUACGGCGGGCCGCAGACGGACGUCUUUCAAUUUGACAUUGCCGUCCCUAAAGUAAUCGAUGCCAAAAGGAGCAUAGAGUUCUGUUUGCGCUAUGUGCCCGGCGGGCACAGCGUGCCCUUCUGGGACAACAACGGCGGACAGAAUUACAACAUUAUCGUCUGUGUCAAUUCUCAUUGUCACGGAAAGACAUCAAGUGAAAGGGCGUAGCUUGCCCAGCUCGUUCAACCUGAAUCUAUAUUCAUUACAGCCUUAUUCUUCUUUUUUUUUUCUUAAUUUAAAAACAAAAAUCAAAAUGAGUGCAAAACCCCAUUUAGUACAUGGAAGCAUUACUAAGUUAAGCAGAGCUGGACGACUGGAGACGAGUUAAGCUAUCGAGAUGAUAUUUGCACUGUUUUGUGUCGUUGAAAAUGAAAUGUUGUGAAAUGAUUUCAGCCGUAAUUAUGUGUUUUGUGCACUGUACGUUUCCUUGAACGCUGCAGAAUCUGGCAAAAAAACAAAACAAACUUCACGGCUUUGCCUUUUUGCAUAUUUUACAUGCACAAUUUUCUUUGAAUUAUCUUUAUUUCUUUCGUUCUUUUGUAAUAUAUAUAUAUAUAUAUAUAUAUAUAUAUAUAUAUAUAUAUAUAUAUAUAUAUAUAUAUAUAUAUAUAUAUAUAUAGUCUCGGUGAGAAGGGUGUUAAAGGUUAUUCAGUGCAUGUGAAGACGUCCACUGACGUCACACUCCCCCGCCUCUAAAAUGCCGCCAGCUCCGGCGCUGCGCCACACAGGGAUCCCUUUCACCGCAGCCAUGUGUUGCUGUCGUCAUAGAGG